UUUUCAAUGGCACAUAAGAGAUGAGUUAUAUUUUUCGGUGGCAUAGAAGGAAUUUACUCGCCUUUCGCCGGGGAGGUCGGAAAAGGAGCUCGAGCCGGAGAGCGGCGGCGGCGAGCGUGCCAAGCAGGCGCAGCCAGGCGGCCUUCUUCGGUGGCCGGGGCGCCGGCGCUGGGGACCUCAGCUCAGCUCAGCUCGCCGGUGAGGAAACGACCAGCUGGAGCACUGGACGGGUGGAAGUAAUGGGAUCGGCGACCCGUAAUAAAUCGGCCCACCAACUAGUGUCCUGUCCUCCUCGAGCGUGACCAGCGACAGCAAGUGAUGGCCAAUGGCUAUGCACUCGGCCGCACGCAUCAUGCCGCGCAGCUGCUUCCUCACUCCCACUAGCAGCAGCCGCAGCUCCUGCCGCCGCGCCAUGUGCUCGCCGCCUCUGCCUCCCGCGCACUGAACCUGAACGCCGCCGCACCGACACGCCCACAGGAAGGCAGGCAGGCAGGCACCGCCGCGGACCACCAUGCGCCCGCCCCGCCGGCCGCGGCCCCCGUCCCCGGCGCCCGCGCCCGCGCCCGCGCCGUCCCCCUCUCGCGACGCCGCCAGCCAUUCGCCGCCUUCUCCCUACGCGGCGGCGUUCGUGCCCUCCCCGGGCCCUUCGCCGGGUCCCGGUCCAGGUCCUGCGCCGGAGCAAUCCGCGCUGGCGCCGGUCGCGGGCGGCGGGAAGCGGGCGGGCGGGAGCCUGAGCCCGCCGCUCAUCGCGAUGCUGGCGGUGGUGGGCGCGGCGCUGCUGGUGGUGCUGUACGCGCGCCUGGUGAGCCGGGUGUUCCGCGCGGCGCGGCGGCGGUGGCGCCGGCGCCGGCUGCGGCUGCUCAUGGCCCCGGGCGGCGGCUACUCGCCGUCCUCCGCGCGCGGCGGCGGCGGCGGGGACGGCUCCUUCGGGUCCUUCACCACCUACGACAACUACUACCACACCUUCUCCCCCUACUGCGGCCUCGACGUCGCCGCCAUCAAGUCGCUGCCCUCGGCGCAGUACCUCGCGGCCGCCGCGCGGGGGUCGGGGGCGUCCAGGGAGUGCGCCGUGUGCCUGCUCGAGUUCGAGGACGGCGACGAGCUCCGCGCGCUGCCGCUGUGCGCGCACGCCUUCCACGCCGACUGCAUCGACGUCUGGCUCCGCGCGCACGCCUCCUGCCCGCUCUGCCGCGCCGCCGUCGCGCUCCCGCCGCCCGUCGCGUCGCCGCUCCACCGCGCCGCGCGGCGGGUGCGGCCCAGCCUCGACGACCUCCUCUUCUUCCACCCGGUCCCGCCCGACGCCGCCGCGCAGCCCGAUAUCGCGCCGGCCAGCCCGGACCAGCUCCGCGGCGCCAGGGACUUGCUGCUGCUCAAGCGCUCCUACUCCUUCGGCUUCGAGCGCAGCCUCGCCGUGGAGGCCGCGUCCACGGCCUCCCCUCCCUGGCGCUACCGCGUCUCCUCCGCCGCCGCCGCCGGCGGCGACGGCGCCACCUCCCGCGGCCGCAGCUUCUGGAGCAAGCGCUGGCCGUCCCCGUUCGGCGGCGGGGGCGGGGGCUCCGCGGCCGCCGCCCGCGUCUUCUCCUUCCGCUCGUACCGCUCCGCGGCGGGCAAGUCCUCCCCCUUCUCCCGCCGCCGCGGCCACGGCGGGGCCGGGAGCGGGUUCUUCAUGUCGCUGGCGUCGGAGCCGCCCUCGAUCCUGGCCGCGGCGAGGCGGGGCCGCGCGGCCGCCGCGUCCAGCCGGCUUCGGUGCGGGGACCCCGAGGCGCUGCUCUCGCCGGACCGGCUCAGCCGCUGACCCCGCCCGCCGCCGGCGGUGACGCGACCGCGCCGCGGUGGUGAGCGGAUCUCGGUGGCGCGGUGGGCCUGGCGCCCGCGUGGGGGCGGGGGCGGGGCAGUAAUGGCACAUUGGCACGAGUAAAUGCGAGGCCCUGCCUGCCAAGGUUUUAAUGGCGGGAGGACGCGCGCCCAGAGCGAGCCGUGUCGCUUCCCGCAGCAGGCAACAGUGCCACUGCCUCGGCUUGCCGCCGGUUUCAACUUUGAAAUUUUGGCUCCUUCCUUUGUCCCCGUCUCCUCCGGCCACAGCCGUCUGACUACUUGACCAAGCGCGUGUCCAUGGUGAUGGUGGUGGAAGGCCGUCCGAUCAGAAAACGACGGCGGCGUCCGGCGGUUGACCGGAGCCGUCGUUUUCUCGCCGGACGGUCCGGCUCAUCGGAGGGAACGGAGGAUGAUCCCGGUUCCAUUGGUCUGAUGGACCGUCUGUGUGCUGUCUUGUGUGUUCCGAACUGUGUCCCUGCUCAGUGGUGUUAUUAAUUACUACUAGCUUGCUGUAAUAAUUUAGUAAGGCUGUGUGUAGUUCCCAAAUUUUUUUAUAAUAUUUAUCACAUCAAAUUUUUAGAAUA